CAACUCGAAUCGAACCCCAUAAGCCAUUUCCCAGAGGAAGCAGAUCGACCAAGCCCACCGACAUGGCACGUCGAUUGGCAAAGGAACUUGCUGAGUUCAACAAAAACUCUCCCGAGUGGUGCACAGUCGGUCCAGUCGACGACGAUCUCUUGCAUUGGAAUGCCAUGGUGGUUGGACCAGAAAACACUCCGUAUGCCGGAGGGGUGUUCAGCAUCGAUCUCGUCUUCCCUGCCGAGUACCCCUUCAAAGCUCCUAAGGUAAAGUUCUUGACGCGUGUGUAUCACCCGAACGUGAAGUCUCAAAGCGGUGAAAUUUGCGCUGAUAUCAUCAACGAAAGCUGGGGCCCAACAUUGAACGUGCUGCACUGUUUGACAGCCCUAAAGCAAAUGCUGGAGCAACCUGACGCAGACAAUCCGUUGGAGCCGGAGAUUGCAAAGCUGCUCCAUGGGAACCGUGAUGUGUUCAACGACACGGCCCGAAAGUGGACCAAGGACUUUGCUUCGUAAUCACGCAUUCUCGCCGACGAUCCACACUAUCCCGAUCGACCGCUUGCCCACGUGCAUGUUGUUGCAAGUAGAACGCGUCGCUCUUAAUUCCCAACAACCCAACGCCUUAUGUACACCA